AUGGCGAACGCAACAAAAGACUAUGGUGACCUCAGAGUCACUAUGACCUCAGCAUUUGACUGGGUAUGGAGCGAUAAGGGCAGUGGAGCUUCGAAGGACUUUGAAGCCUACCACCCCAAAGCUCAGGGAAAUUUGCGUCCUCUAGGAUCUGUUGGGUUUUCUUCAUAUGGUGACAGGAAUGGCAGCAUUGCUGUUCUACUUGUUGGCAAAAACCCAAGUUCUACAGGUACAGCAGCAGUCGCUAGUCCUACCGGCUAUGAUUUGAUUUGGCGUGACGAGAAAAGCGGGGGGAGUUACAACGGAUCUUUCUGGAGGCCUAGAGCACCCAGUGGGUACGUCUCACUUGGAGAUGUAUGUUCAGGAUCUUGGAGUGCCCCUAGCACUGACAAGAUUUGGUGUGUUCGUUCUGAUCUGGUUCAUACCUCGGAUUACUUCAGAGCCAAGGUUUGGGAUGAUCGAGGCUCAGGAGCUAAAUCCGAUUGUUCUGUGUGGGAAAUUGGACUCCCUUUUAUGGGCGUGAAUGGGGGAGAAAAAAUCCCGAUCUCAUCCGAGACUUUCCGCGCCAACAACAGCUGGUCUGAGCCCAACAGUGGCCUCGCACAAGUUCUCACCCUACCAAACCCCAAAAAUUUCACAGAAUUCACUGCUCCCCCACCAUCUUUCACGAAACACAAUAUCCCGAAAGGUGGCGAUGUAUUCAACCGCAUUGAUCAAUGCCAAGUCACACUUCCUUUCAGCAUCUUUUUUCCCCCCACAGACGCAGCAAGCCUUAGAACCAUCAGCUAUCCAUUCUGCCGUCUCGCUAGAAAAAUAGCUUGGUAUGUCCACACGGCGCACACCAAUAACAGUGGAGGCCAGAUUUCCGACUCCACCACAGUUACAAAAGGUGUCAGCAAGACGCUAGCAGAAGAGAUGACACACUCCGCAGGAGUUUCCAUCUCUGCCUCGUACGGUAUCAAGGGUUUCGGCAUGGAUGUUAGUCUCAACUAUCAAUUUACAUCGACCAAUUCCUCCUCCUUCACCGAGUACGAGGACAAUACGCGCACGCAGGGGUAUACUGUUCCGCCAUAUGAAGCCACUGUUUUCCUCUGCAAGCGGAUUUGGAUUCAGGCCACUCGCGCAGAUGGAUCUAUCGUUCUCAGAGAAAUCAACUUCAACGCCAACGACGACAUCCAUCUUAUCGGGGUCUCUCUUAAGUAG